AUGAAAGCACUUUUGUUAGUUGUUCUUUUGACUUUUGCUGUUGCUUAAGAUGACCCAGUCGAUUUGUGCGUCAGAGAAAAAUGCCCAGAUGAAGUGGCUGCCUGUGAGAAGAACGCCUUCUGUGCUAUUGCCGCAACUAAUUGUUCAAACAAAUGUUCUGCCGAUUACGAUUGUUUGAUCGAAUGCGCUAACAAAUCAGGAAAUAAAUUGCUUAUUGCAUUGUAUUACUUUAUAAUCUAUUUAACCUAGGAGUAAAUGCGGUUAAGCCAAUUGUUACCCAUCAUUCUAAUUCUCAUCUGGUUGUGAUGUUGCUUCAUGUGCUGCUGUCUUGAAAGAAGAGUGUCUUGAUGAUAACUCAUUGAGCAGCUUCUAAUGUGCCUUUGGUUUCUUCGAAAGACAUCCUGAAUGCGAAUGCGUCUAAGAACUAGUCUGAAUAAUAUUAUUCAAAUUAUAAAUAAAUUGCAAUAACCGAU